AUACAAACAUUUAAUUCUCUAGUUUCCUCCCACAGGGAAGAGGGAGGAACAGAAAGCUCUUAAAGUAGUACAAACCCAGACUGCUUUUCUCCCCCUCACAAGUGGUUCUUUUCAAAGGGUUUGGCGUGCCUGCUGUAUGGAUGUGUCUCUGUGUGAGAUGACAACAGGAUUUGCUGGGAAUGUGGGCCACUAUUGUAUCUGCCUUACGUAACCACGUGGAGUGAUGGCAGUGGGUGACCGGCCUGGGAUGUAGGCAGGGGCCUGGCUGAUUAAUCUCCAGAGGCCAUGAAGACUGCCCAGGCCCUGCAGAGGAUAUGGAUCCAGGCUGUUAAAAAGUUGGGGCUAUGGAAAGACCAUGCCCCAGGCAUGGAAGAACUGAUAUGGGAGCAGUACACUGUGACCAUACAAAGGCAUCCUGAAAGAGGAUUUGGAAUUGCAGUAUCCGGAGGCAGAGACAACCCCCACUUUGAAAAUGGAGAAACGUCAAUCGUCAUUUCUGAUGUGCUCCAGGGCGGGCCUGCUGAUGGGCUGCUUCAAGAAAAUGACAGGGUGGUCAUGGUUAACGGCACCUCCAUGGAAAAUGUGCUCCAUUCAUUUGCAGUUCAGCAGCUGAGAAAUACUGGGAAGAUUGCUGCUAUUGUGGUCAAGAGGCCCCGGAAGGUCCAGCUGGCCCCGCCGCAGGGCAGCCCUCGGGUGGGUGAGGAUGACCGGGGUUUUGAGGUGAUGGAUGAGUUUGAUGGCAGAAGUGCGCACAGCGGAUACAGCGAGAGGAGCCGGCGCAGCAGCCACGGUGAGCGCAGCCGCAGCUGGGACGAGAGCCCCGAGAGGGUGAGGUCCAGGCCGGGACCCUCCAAUAGCCGCGGCCGGAGCCUGGAGCGGGGCCUGGACCACGAUGACUACCGAGAGCGUAGUCGCGGCCGGAGCCUGGAGCGGGGCCUGGACCACGAUGACUAUGGGCGAGCCCGCGAGCGGAGCCGCGGCCGGAGCAUCGACUAUGACCCGGCUUAUGACCGGGUCUACAGCCCAGAGGUGGAGUAUGGCCGUAGGGCCCAGCACCAUACCCGGUACGAGGUGUCCCGGAGCCGCAGUCAUGAGCACCUCCACUCCCGCAGCCCCAGCCCCGAGCCGAGGGGCCGGCCAGGCCAGUCGGACCCAGACAGGCCCAUCGGCGUUCUUCUGAUGAAGAGCAAAGCAAAUGAAGAGUAUGGCCUCAGGCUUGGGAGUCAGAUCUUCAUAAAGGAAAUGACCAGAACAGGUCUGGCAACUAAAGAUGGCAACUUGCACGAAGGGGACAUCAUUCUCAAGAUAAAUGGAACUGUAACUGAGAAUAUGUCUUUAACGGAUGCUCGAAAACUGAUAGAAAAGUCAAGGGGAAAACUCCAGCUAGUGGUGUUGAGAGAUAGCAAGCAGACACUGAUCAACAUCCCAUCGCUGAAUGACAGUGACUCCGAAAUAGAAGAUGUCUCAGAAAUAGAGUCAAACCGAUCGUUUUCUCCAGAGGAGAGACAGCAGCAGCAUUCCGAUUAUGAUUAUCAUUCUUCAAAUGAAAAGCUGAAGGAAAGGCCAAAUUCAAGAGAGGACAGAUGGUCCAGGAUGGGCGCCACUCCUACUCCAUUCAAGUCCACUGGGGACAUUGCUACUGCGGUUGGCGUUGGCACUGAGAUCAGCAAGGAACCCCGACACCAAGAGGAACCCCCAGCUUCUCAACCAAAGGCAGCCCCAAGAACUUUUCUUCGUCCUAGUGCUGAAGAUGAAGCCAUUUAUGGCCCCAAUACCAAAAUGGUGAAAUUCAAGAAGGGAGACAGCGUGGGCCUCCGCUUGGCUGGUGGCAAUGAUGUGGGCAUAUUUGUGGCUGGCAUUCAAGAGGGAACCUCAGCCGAGCAAGAGGGCCUUCAAGAAGGGGACCAGAUUCUGAAGGUAAACACACAGGACUUCAGAGGGCUGGUUCGGGAAGAUGCUGUUCUCUACCUGUUAGAAAUUCCAAAAGGUGAAAUGGUGACCAUAUUAGCUCAGAGCCGAGCUGAUGUGUAUAGAGACAUACUGGCUUGUGGAAGAGGGGAUUCAUUUUUCAUACGAAGCCACUUUGAAUGUGAGAAGGAAACCGCACAGAGCCUGGCCUUCACCAGGGGGGAGGUUUUCCGAGUGGUAGAUACACUGUACGAUGGCAAGCUGGGCCACUGGCUGGCCGUGAGGAUCGGAAACGAAUUGGAAAAAGGCUUAAUCCCCAACAAAAGCAGAGCUGAGCAAAUGGCCAGUGUUCAGAAUGCUCAGCGGGACAAUGCUGGGGACAGGGCAGAUUUCUGGAGAAUGAGAGGCCAGAGAUCUGGUGUGAAGAAGAACUUAAGGAAGAGUCGGGAAGACCUGACGGCUGUCGUGUCUGUCAGCACCAAGUUCCCAGCGUAUGAGAGGGUUUUGCUGCGAGAAGCUGGUUUCAAGAGACCUGUGGUCUUGUUUGGCCCCAUAGCUGAUAUAGCACUGGAGAAGCUGGCAAAUGAUUUACCUGACCUGUUCCAAGCUGCUAAAACAGAACCGAAAGACGCGGGAUCUGAGAAAUCCAGUGGGGUGGUGCGUUUAAAUACCGUGAGGCAAAUUAUUGAACAGAAUAAGCAUGCGCUAUUGGAUGUGACUCCAAAAGCAGUGGACCUGUUGAACUACACUCAGUGGUUCCCGAUUGUUAUUUUUUUCAACCCAGACUCUAGACAAGGUGUCAAAGUCAUGAGACAGAGGUUGAAUCCAACAUCCAACAAAAGUUCUCGGAAGUUAUAUGAUCAAGCUAACAAGCUUAAAAAAACUUGUGCACACCUUUUUACAGCUACAAUCAACUUAAAUUCAGCCAAUGAUAGUUGGUUUGGCAGCUUAAAGGACACGAUUCAUCAUCAGCAGGGAGAAACAGUUUGGGUCUCUGAAGGAAAGAUGGAAGGGCUGGAUGAUGAUCCCGAAGACCGCAUGUCCUGCUUAACUGCCAUGGGCGCGGAUUAUCUGAGUUGUGACAGCCGCAUCACCAGUGACUUUGAAGACACCGACGGUGAAGGAGGCGCCUACACUGACAAUGAGCUGGAUGAGCCAGCUGAGGAGCCACUGGUGUCUUCCAUCACCCGCUCCUCGGAGCCGGUGCAGCAUGAGGAGAGCAUAAGGAAACCCAGCCCAGAGCCACGAGCUCAGCUGAGGAGGGCUGCUAGCAGAGAUCAACUUAGGGACAAUAGCCCGCCCCCCGCAUUCAAGCCAGAGCCGCCCAAGGCCAGAACCCAAAGCAGAGAAGAAUCCCUUGACUUCUCCAAACCCCAGGAACACAAGUCAAACCCCUCAGUCGUUGCUGGCAAUGAUAUUCCCGGGGCAUCUAUGAAAGGUUAUCCCCCUCCUGUGGCAGCAAAACCUUCCUUGGGGAAGUCGAUUCUGAAACCGUCCACUCCCGUCCCUCCAGAGAGCGAGGAGGUGGGAGAGGGCAGCGAGGAACAAGACAACACUCCCAAGUCUGUCCUGGGCAAAGUGAAAAUAUUUGAGAAGAUGGAUCACAAGGCCAGAUUACAGAGAAUGCACGAACUCCAAGAAGCACAGAAUGCAAGGAUCGAAAUUGCUCAGAAGCAUCCUGACAUCUAUGCAGUUCCAGUCAAAACACCUAAGCCUGAACCUGGCUCACCCCAGUACACAAGUUCCAGAGCCCCUGAGCCACAGAAAGUUCCUUCCAGACUCUAUCAGGAUCCUAGGGGAAGUUUUGGCAGUGAUGCCGAGGAAGAAGAGUACCGCCAGCAGCUGUCAGAGCACUCGAAGCGCGGCUAUUACAGCCAGCCCUCCCGCUACCGGGACACAGAGCUAUAGGUGCUGAGAAUGGAACCCCGAGCGCUGCUGCCCCUACACUCAGCACUCCUGCUGAGCCACGGAAAGUUCUUUCCAGUUAAAAUGCACCGAAGUGGGACCUGAGCCCAGUUUCCUUGUGGGGUGGGGAGGCGAGGGGACAGCUACUGCAAAUGAAGAACUGAAGGCUCUGUGUAUGGGCCCGGGUCUAGGGAGUUUAUGGCUUUUUGCUCAGAAUUAAGAGAAACACUACACAGUCUGAUACUGUUACCUGCUUCAGUGGACCAAAAUCUGUAUUAAUUUUGUUUGUGUAUUUUUAACAUGUAAAUUAAGAAGUGAUAACUAUUUUUCCUCAUUAAUAGCUGCCUUUGUGGACUGUUUCAAUGUGAAAAAGAAUAAAAAUACUGUCAGAUGCAAACUAAAUUCAAAGAAGUAUUUUAUUACAACUCUAAGUGCCUUUGAUGAGAAGUGUCUUAAGUGUUUUUCCUCUGAAGCUUUAUGCAAAGCCAUAAUGGACUAAAACAUUUUGACUCAAUUUUUAUAUGCUAAGGUUUUCUCUGCACUGUGUCAUCUUUUGAAGGAAUUUGUCUUUGUAAUAUUUUCAUAAAAUCUGACUGUAGAUAUAAUAGCUAUACUUGGUAGUUUGUCUACCAGUGCUAAAUCGCUUGAAGACCCAGAAGUUGGUAUAGAAAUUUUUUUCGUUUAAAACCCACAUACUCCACAAAAACAGAUAAUCAAGAAAAAACACAUUUUAUUUCCAAAAGUGUGUGUAUUGCCAACAGUUAUAUAAUUUAAUAAAAAGGAGGACAUUGCAAUCAAUAACUUGCUUUGGGGUGAAUUUCUUCUUCACUUCUGUUUUAAAUGCAACUUUUAUUUCAGUUACUGAUCAUGAAAGUGAGAACAUUGGAAAAUGAAGACAUGAAAAACAAAAAUUACUCAUAAUCCUGUCUCAGAUCAUUUUGGUGUAUUUCCUCCAUUUAUGUGUUUGUUGGUAGUAUAUGUAUGUUUUCAAUGGAGGGGGCUACUGUGCUUGGAGCUUAGUUUCUACUUUUUCUAUUAAUAGUCUGUCACAAACAUUGCAGGUAGUUAAAAUGCACACACACACAUCAUUGCUGAUAACUUCAGAAUAAUAAAUCCUAUGACUGCUUCAUAAGUAGUCAGUUUUGCUGUUGUUGGCUAUUUGGACUGUUUCCAUCUUUUUGCCUCUUUUACAUGAAAUAUACUUCUUUGUACAUAAUCCAUUUUUUAAAUAUCAAUUGAUCAUCAUUUCAGUCCUUUUCUGUGGGCAGGUUAUUUUAAGUGUAAUUAUUCAAUAAAAGGGUAGGAACCUUUUUAAG